AUGUCCACUCCAUCUCCAUCAGCGUUUGGUUAUAAUGGUACCCAUGCCCUCUUGUUUGUAGCCGAGCAUUCAGCAGAGACCUGUUGUGUAGAAGGAUCAUAUAUACGUAAUUUUCAUCAUCAUCAUGAAGAGAGACUUGGUCAUCUCUUUGGUAUGUAUGGAAGAUUUGUGGCGAGACAUCCUGUUAAAAUCUUGGCCAUCGCCAUCAUCGUUAAUCUUCUCAUGGGAUUAGGCAUGCUUAAUUUUUAUGAAGAGACUAACUUGGAGAAACUCUAUACACCCGAAAAUAGCCAAGCUUCACAAGACUGGGAUAAGUUGAAAGGUGUGUAUCCCCAUACCCCUGAUUUCUACCCGCAUAAAGGUUUGGCAUCCUAUGCAGAAGUACUUAUCAUGACCAAGGACAAAGGAAAUAUGUUGACGUUACCAUUCUUGGAUGACGUCACCUCUGUUGAUAGAUUUGUUCGCACCUCGAUCUCGAUCACAGUUUCUGGAGAAGAGUAUAAAUACGAAGAUCUGUGUGGCAGAGCAGAAGGAUCUUGUGUUGUCGACGGUGACAUUUUCUUAAGCACCGACUUUAAGGAAAUGAUGUUGGCAAACAAUAUCACAUACCCAAUAUUCAAAGGGAAAUCUAUAACUUCCCUCCUUGCCAACCCAACCACUUCAGAUGAAAUCCUGACGUCAGCAAUCGGAGUAAAACUUUCAUAUCACCUCCUAAGCUAUCAUUCGGCAGAAUGGGAAAAGGUUUUUAUUGAAGCUAUUCCAGCUGCUGUUGUGAAUGUUUCAGAACUGGCUUUUUCGUACUCUUUGGCAGCAGAUGACGAACUGACGGAAAACAUUAAGGGAGACAUAGUUUUGUACGUAACGACAUUGCUAUUUAUGAUGAUUUAUGCAUCCAUUGCCACCUCAAAUCUGAACGGAAAUUUCAUAGCAGACAGGGCUGCUCUUGGCCAAGCAGGGGUUUUAGCGGCUCUUCUGUCUAUAUUGUCUUCCUUGGGUUUUCUGAGUCUUGUUGGAGUAAAAUUCGUGAAUAUUGUAGGCGCAAUGCCAUUCCUUGUCAUAGGAAUCGGAAUAGAUGAUGUCUUCCUUCUAUUAUCUGGCCUUGCUGAUGCUGAGUCGAUAGAAACGACCACAGUAUCGGAUAGAAUUUAUUACAUGAUGAAAACAAGUGGAGUCGCAAUAACCAUAACAUCAGUAACUGAUUUUCUAGCCUUCUUAAUCGGAGCCAGUUCAGUAUUCAUAAGUGUCAGAAAUUUCUGCAUUUUCACAGGAGUUGCAGUGCUUUUUUGCUACAUCAAUCAAAUCACAAUUUUCUGUGCAUGCAUCGUUCUCAAUGAGAAAAGGAUUAAAAGCAAUCGCCAUUGUUUUGCUUGCUGCGUAAAAACUAAGGACAAAAACUCACUCAAGGAAGAUGGGAAAACCGGGUUUUCACUUUACGCAUGCGCUGGAUAUGCACCAAAACAUCGGGAUGAUGUCGACAGUCCUCUUGAGAGAUAUCCCAAAAGACUCAUUCAAAAGAUUUUGAGUUAUACGGUGUUAAAGAUUGCAAUCAUUGUUAUUUUUGUGAUUUAUUUAAUAUGUUCUAUUAAUGGAGCGGUUAAUAUACAGGAGGGUUUGUCCCUACGAAAUCUUGCCCCAGAAGAUUCUUUCUAUUACAAAUUCAACAGCUGGUUGGAAGAUUACUUUACAAGAGAGACUUUUAUGUCUUUUAAUGUGAUGUCUACCCAGACGUAUUCAUCUUCACUGACACAGGAAACCCUGGAAGCAGUGCUAUCUAUGGCGAAAGACGAUAAGUACAUCGAUUCCUCAUUUGAAAUAAACUGGCUUGAUACCUUUAAGAAAUCUGCCUUGUAUGUUAACUCAUCAGAGACAGAGUUCAUUUCUGCUCUUCGAACUUUUUUGAUAACUAACCCAAUUUAUGCCAGUGAUGUAGUAUUUGACUCUUCUGGAACGGCCAUUACAAACUCUCGAUUUUUCCUGAAAACCAUUGACAUGAAAAACACUGUUGAUCAAGGUCUGAUGAUGAAAAGCAUGCGAGAAGUGGUUAAAGGCUCUCCCAUUCCCAUGAUUGUGUAUGCUCAAGCUUUUAUUUAUUUUGAACAGUUUAUCCAAGUUCUUUCAAGCACCUUGCAAACUGUUGGAGUUGCUAUUGUUGUUAUAGUAAUUGUUACACUCUUCUUCAUGCCUCAGCCUUCAUUAGUCCUCCUUGUUGCCCUGUCACUGCUGAGCAUCCUCCUUGGAGUGUUUGGUUUCAUGUAUUACUGGGACAUCUCCCUGAGCUCCAUUACUAUGAUACAUCUCAUCAUGACGGUGGGAUUUUCUGUCGAUUUCAGUGCCCACAUUUGUCACGCCUAUCUUAAUGUUGGUUCAUUCAACAGAGCCACCAAAGUCGACCUCGCUCUUGACAGAUCUGGAGGACCAAUAUUUAAUGGAGCAUUUUCCACACUCGUUGGUAUUUCCGUCCUAGGAUUUGCAAACAGCUAUAUCUUCGAAACAUUUGCGAAGGUUAUGUUUCUUGUAAUAUUUUUCGGACUGAUACAUUCAGUCCUUUUGAUUCCCGUUGUGCUAUCAUUUAUUGGGCCAGUGAAAGAUAAAGAAGAAGCCAUGAGAGAAAUAGAAAUCCGCACCAUACAAAGACAAACGUCAGUAACUAGUAAUACUAGCGCUAAAAGUGACCAAAUUACUGGACAAAAUUCAGUACCAAAGAAUACUACCGCUGAAAAGAAAGACAUUGAUGGCAAACUAGCCACUACAUGUAACCUGUCAACCAGCUCAGCUUAA